AUGUUUUCCUUCGUAGUGGGCUAUGUCACACGAGCUUUGUUGUAGAAUUUAGGAGUCACAUGUUGCAGUUUGGCGUGCAUAAGUUAGAGGGCAGACCCCGUGGCGCGCACGCUAUGUAAAUUUGGUGGCGCACACACAGCCAAAGACAGAGUAACAAAUCAGGAAUUUCCCUCCUGCCACUCCUGAGAGCGCAAGAGAGGACAAACGUGAAGUGGUUCUCCUCAGAGAGGCACGAACAGCCAUCGCGGGACCUUCUACUUUUUGUACUUGAUUGUACUUUUCCACCGCGGUUCAUCGUCAGGGAAGUUGUCUUUUCUUUCCUCACGAGUUUUGCACGCCGCCCUCAAUUUAGGAGAGCGUUUCAUGGAAGUAACGGCGCGGCAUACGAGGACGACUUUAGUGAGGGAAACGGCCGUGUUUGAUUUUGCCAAGCUUGGAGUCGCAGUGGAUUGUCGUAGGACUUUUUAACGGCUCGUCUGGAGAGAGAUUUGGAUUAAGUGCGCAAAAGCAAAGCUUGUGUGUGGAAUAAUUAAAAAAAAAAGGCGUCUAGAAGGAUGCUGCUGCUUGUACGAUGGAAGUGAAGAACUUUAUUGCUUUUGCGGCGCUGGUUUGUCUCCUUCUGAGCUUCGCUGAGAGCCAAAAACUGCGUCCCAAAGGCAGAAAUGUGUGCAAAGCAACCGGAUCUCCGGGGUUGGCGUGCUGCAGCGGAUGGGCUCAGCUAGGGGACGAAUGCCUUACACCUCUCUGUGAAGGCAAUUUCACCUGCAAGGAAAACGAGGUGUGUGUCAGACCUAACGAAUGCCGCUGUCGCCAUGGAUACUUCGGAGCCAGCUGUGACACAAAGUGUCCCGCCCAGUUUUGGGGCCCUGACUGCAAGGGUAAAUGCAACUGUCACCCCAACGGCCAGUGCGACGACUUGACGGGCAAGUGCACGUGCAACCACAAUCGUUGGGGGCCCAACUGCGAGAACUCCUGCAUGUGCCAAAAGGGCAAAUGCGACCAGGACACGGGCUUCUGCACGUGUCACCCGGGGGUCUGGGGCCCUCAGUGCAACAACAACUGCUACUGCAGCGUCAACUCCAUGUGCGACCCGAUGACGGGACGCUGCCUGUGCAGCCCCGGCUGGACGGGGCGAAACUGCGCCAUCCAGUGUAACUGCAACAACUCGCCAUGCGACCAGUUCACUCAGCGCUGCCACUGCCGGGAUAGGAUGUGGGGCCCCAGGUGCGACCGAUACUGCCAGUGCGUCCACGGCAAGUGCAACCAGGCGGACGGCACGUGUACCUGCACGCCGGGCUACCGUGGGAAGUUUUGCAGAGAGCCGUGCCCUGCUGGGUUUUACGGGCAGAACUGCAGGAACAAGUGUGGCCACUGCAAGGGCCAGCAGCCAUGUAAGGUGACGGAGGGACGCUGCGUCACAUGCGACAGAGGCUGGAACGGGACGCGCUGCGACCAGCUCUGCUCCAAAGGCUUCUUCGGGGAAAACUGCCAGGAAGUGUGUCCCACCUGUAAGGACGGCCAUCACUGUGACCACAUUCAGGGCAAGUGCUCGCACUGUAACCCUGGCUGGAUUGGGGACAGGUGCGAGGUGCGCUGCCCCAACGGCACGUACGGAGAUAAUUGUGAGAACAACUGCAGUCACUGUUUCAACGGGAACUGUCACGGCGUCACCGGAGAGUGCCUGUGUGACCCGGGAUUUUACGGAACCUACUGCAAUCUGACAUGUCAACCUGGACAACAUGGAGUGAACUGCAAUCAAACUUGCUCCUGCCAUGACAAGAACUGCGACCCAGUUUCUGGUGCCUGCUACCUCCAGCCUAACCAGCGGAUGGGUGUGAUCGCGGCCGGGACGCUCGUCUCCUUUUUGCUGAUCGUCCUGCUCUCUGUGCUGUGCUGCUGCUGCCUCUGUCGGCACAAAGACGACCACAACAAAAAAGCCAAGCGGAUCCUGUGCGGACGAUUUAGCCGAAUCAGCACUAAACUUCCCCGUAUUCCACUGAGGAGACAGAAACUGCCAAAAGUAGUUGUAGCCCACCACGACCCCGAGCACAACUUCAACUGCAGCUUCAUCGAGCCCCCCUCAGUGGCCGAGCAGCCUUCCCCUUACUCCUGGUCCUCCCAGGAGUCCUUCUCGUCAUGUGAGAGCGGCGACGAGAGCCCCGUGUACUGCGUGCCUCAUGAAGAAUCUGUGAACGACGGCAAGGAGAAGCGCAGCCACAGUCCAGAAACCGAGAAGCCGGAAGCUGCCCCCACUGAUGAGGAUGGAGGAGAGUACACCUCCCUAAAGGAUUCCGGUGUCAGUAAACCAGACGGCGGUGAUCAACCCGCGACCAAGUCCUCGGACAGCGAAGGCUCGACCAGCGGUUCAGAGUACGCGGCCGCAACCCUUUACGCCCGUAUCGCCCGCCUCUCCAAGCAAUCCAAGGAGGAUGAAAAUAGCGGCAGAGACGGAGACUUACCAAACCCGGAGUACAAACGCAACGGAAAACCACCACCGUCACCCGGUAGGCCCAAGCCACGACCGCCGGAUCCUUCAACCAAGCCAAAGGUAUCGUGGAUCCACGGAGGCACUCCCCAGCCGGACCAGCAAGGGCAGGGGGCCGCGAAAGCACCCGCCGUUCCGAAAGAGAAAAAGCGUAGCUCCAGUGAUGUCUCAGCCAAGAGUGAGAAGAGCGCUGAUCAGCAAAGGAAACAGGAAGGUGACACCAACGGCUCGCCCGGUAAACACAAACCUUUGCCAGGCAAGAGGUCUCGGGAUGAGCACAGCGGUCCCAGUCACAUGGAGCACAUCAACGGCGUGGUCCAGAACGCCCUCAGGAAGAUCAGUAGCUUCCACAGUUCUUCGUCGGAGAAGAAGAGCGCCGACACCUCCAAGGAGAACCCCAAGGAACCUCCUAAAAGCCCGAAGGUCAUCCAUCCCCACAUGAACUCUGAGGCCGCCACCCUCUUGGCUGCUCAGCUCAAGGAGAAAACCCAAAGCAUCAACAGGAACGAAGGGACGGGCCUGACCAAGACCAACGGACUAUCGACGCCCAAGGGAACCCGGGAGAGGCCCACUCCUCCGCAGAAGGCCAAGAGGACCCCUUCCACCAGCUUGAGUCAGCAGGGAUCCACUAAGCCACUGCUUCCCACCUCCAGCAGCCUCCAAAAGAUGGUGGCGCCCAUCACCACUGACCACGGGACCCCUGAAGCCAAGAGCCCGGAAAAGCAGGACUUGAACGGCUCGAGGACGGGGGACCCGGCGGCGGAUGCUGCACCCAAGAAGACUCCCAUUAAAAAGCCACCGAGGAAGAAAGGCAAGGAGGCUACUCUGGAGACGCCGGAGAGCAAAACACCACAGCAAAAGACAGCUAUCAUGCCACCCCAGAUAGUCAAGUAAGUGUGAUGCUUCCACAAAUUGGCAGCGUUUUGUCUGCAAAGAGACUAAACAUGGAUUUGUUCGAAACUGACAUCAGGGCCUACCAA